AAACUCCACUACGGUCCCUAUCGCUUCGCAAAUUCCAGUGGAGUAGAUCCCUGGAGCUGAUUGGCAAACAGCCUGCAAGCCUUUCAGGCAGGUGCCCGGGGCUCACAUACAUAGCAAAGCAAAAAAAGUACAUUCCUCCAGGCGGGUUGGUCUUCGGCCCUAGCUCCGAAUCCCGCUCAGUAUCUUGGUGUUACCACCGACUCUUAGGCUCCAUCCCCAUUUUUUGGAAAUCCGGUAGAUUCGGCUUCCGAUUCCUCCACUACACAGCCAAACAUAGUGAUGGGCUGCACUACAUUUCAAGGCGGCUCGGGCUUUACUAGGGGCGCUUGGUUUCCUCGCAGUUCCCACAAAGUCGUCCACAGAUUGUCGCAUCCCCCUUCAUCCCGCGUUCUAUCAGCAGCAGAUCAUCGUCAUCGUUAUCGAAUCACAACCCAAAUCGGCCUCUUUCCAUUCCCCUUCAGCAACAACUGCAAGCACAGCUGUGUCACCACACAUUUCUUCUUCCAUUGCGACUGCACAUGCUCGUGUCUACAAACCCUAACAGAACGUGUGGUUCCCGCUUCUCUCACUGGGCCUCAGUCAAUACGCUCCAUUUAUCAUCUACCAGCUUUCGUUACGUCGCCCAGACCUGCUUGGACGCUUUUCUGUGUGUUAGAAGAUGGAUCUCUUGUUCAAAUCAUGCUGCACUUUGCCCACUCGAGCCUGUUAGAAAUCAAAACAACAUUGGCGCUCAACUAAAACUGUCACCGCCAGGAGUCUUCUUGACCUUUCAGUCGCUCUGCAACCAUAUAUCAACACUUAAAGACGCCGAUGGUCUCGGGUAUAUAUAAAUAACCACCUAAACCACCUAGCUAUCUAGCUGUCAUUGACUAGCUUGAAAGGGAUUUGGUCUUAGAUUAAAGGAGAACAUACUGUGUUUGUGGUGAACACACCAUACCUGUUCUCCUUGUUCAUUUGUUUUCCUUUUUUUUUUUUUUUUUUUUUUUUUUUUUUUUGGCCCUGAUCAUCCAACCACACCUCCCUUCACCGAGAAUUUUGGACCACUUUCUCGUAAAUGAACUCGUCCCUGGGACAUCGAAUACCCCGGUGCUAAGCUCCUUACUUAAUUACAAAGCCUUUGACUGAACUUGGUAAUAAGGCAACUUCAAAAUCAAGCAUCAUUGCUCAAAAUCUCCUCCAUUGAUAUCAAAUCUCCCUAUACAACUCGGGUUGAUCCCUUGCCUGCAGAUAAUGCACGCACCAGAAACACCAAUAGCUGUUCUCAUUCGGGAUCUCCAAGGAUGUGUUCCGAUUUCCAAGGUCAUAAGGGAGGGCGACGAUGUGGUUCUACUAACCCCCGUAGUGGUUCCACCGGUUCAAGGAACAACACAUGCCGCCGACGGCAGCAACACCAAAGAUCCCUUCGAGGAUUUUGGGCGAGCUCUGCUCGGACAUUCACCGCGGCCAAAAAUUCACCACGUCCCAUACACAAAGCGGAGUGGAAUCAGCGAAACCCACCUCGACAUCAUAAGAAACAAUGACGCCAAGUUGGUUAUUUUUGUCAUUUCUGGACCGCCAUUGCCGGGCCAGGCAUCGCAAGUCAAAAUGGCAGAGUACCUUCGGACCGGUGCUGGCGACAGACCGCUCGUUAUCGUGGCAUGCUUCAAUAUGCGUGAGCUCGAUGGACUAGGGACUAGUUUCCCUACAGUUGUCCAAACAAGUGGAUAUUCACCCAGUGCUUUGCACCAUGUGACGAACCUCAUCUUCAAGGGCGAGCAUAAUGGUAGUUCAGCCACGUUGCAGAACCUAGUUCUUGCGCCAAAGACGUGGGAGGUCGCUGUUACAAACAAUCUACUCGACCUACGACCACACGAAGAGGCGAUACAUGACCUUUGGUGUCAGACUUGGGGCAGAGAUAUGUCACCCUCACGCUAUGAGCUACAAUCUCUACUGAUUCGAGACGGCUAUGCAAAACACUACACUGUUCGUGAACCCGAAACAGGUGUCCUGGUUGGUUUUUGUGCGACUUAUACAACAUACGCCAAUCAAGGGGGGGAGCGCCUUGUUGGGUCUCUGGCCAUGAUCAUUGUCAAGCCUGAACAUCGAGGUCGGGGAAUUGGACGGAGUCUUCACGAUGUCGCCAUCGAGCAGCUUUCCCGAACUAGGGGAGUCUUUCGGCUCCAGCUCGGAAGCACUUUUCCUCGCCUCCUAUACGGACUUCCUGUGGAUAGCGCUUCGGAGGGAUGGUUUCGGCGACGUGGUUGGGAUUUCGACCAGAGCUCACCGGGCAAAGGACAAGAGGUCAGCGACUGGCACUUGGACUUCAACGACUACCCAACCCGGCAAUACCCAUCAGCCUCGGGACUGGUAUUUGGACCAUGUGAACUCUCCGAGUUUCCUGCAGUCCUCAACCUGGUCGCUUCGGAAUCUGCGCACAACAACCAGAUGGGAUGGUAUGACCAGUAUACGCAACUCAACAAUCCUUUUCUUGUCAGGGAUAUCAUAAUGGGAGUAGUGGGCCACCAAGUUGUUGCCUCAGCCAUUACAUACUUGCCCAAGUCCGAGAAUCCAGUCGCCAGUGAUAUUCCAUGGGCUGGUCUGAUCUCAAACGCGACUGGAGGCGUUGCGUGCAUCUGCAUUUCUGACACCAGCAUACUGGUUUCGAGAGAUGAGGCAAUGCUGGGACUCCUAGAUGCAUGUGUCAAGCGACUAAAAGAACAAGGCAUGCAGGGCAUGCUCUUGGAUGCUGUCAUGGGAGGUGACGAGGGGUUUUACGCCAUGGGCUUCCAAAAGCGCAACAGCUAUCGGGAAGUAUGGCGCUCUGUUCCAGAUGAGCGAUAGCACAUUGCGUUACAUCCAGGUGCGACGUCUUAGUACCUUCGUCUCCCGUUUCCGCCUCACUGCGAAGGCAACUCGCCAAUUCAUCAGGAGUUCACAUGGUCAAAAGGUCUUUGCAGCUACGAAGCGUCCUAAUGCAUGCUCAUACCACACAAAUAUGCACAUAUGUAAAUACAAUAUAUUUUUUUUCUAUCUUGUUGCACUCAGCGCCUCUGCCGGCACGAAACCAAGUUAUCUUUCGACAGCUCCAUGGCUGAUAUCUAAAACCCCGGAGCUUGUGGGAUGAGAAGACCUAGUCCAACCUUGCAGCUCUCUCGAGCGCGAUGGAAAAAGAAAUCAAGAACAGCGCAGUCCCAACGGGUUAUGAUGGUGACGUUAUAAUGUGGUAAGACAUGCUGCCUCUCAUGGCCUUUGAACCAUAUUUCACUACAACUGAUGGCCAGAGAAUCACGGGCAAACCAUAGCUCCGAGCAGACCCUGAACUAAGCUCGUGUGUGCCCUGCGCAACAAUACACCAUGCCCUGGAAGGAACGUAUCUCCCGGCGGACAAGGAUCUCAUAAGCGCCAAAAUAUGUACGUUUGCGGCACGGUUCAUCGGCCGAUAUGGGGCUGUGGGGUUACAAAGGAGACUAAGCCAGGAACCCAGUUGUUCGCACAAGCUCAAGCGGCAAGGUAUUGCUCAGAUAUUGACAUACCUGUUUGGGGGAGUUAUGCGACCCAAGGAAUGCGAUUUGUACUGAGAGACGUCGUGUUGGGCCUGGGCGAUGCAGGCUGUAGGCAACCAUAUCAGUAGCUGCCAAGUUUUAGAUGAUUAAUCUUCAUCCAGGGUG